AUGUUCUCCUGUCGUCGCGUCCUUCGUCUUCGACAAGUCCAUCUACCACAAAGAGGGUUGAGCACCUCCAAUAGCGUCCACAAUGACACGAAAAGUGUUCCAAAACGUGGACGCGUCAUUUUCUCAGGUAUUCAGCCAACAGGCAUACCGCAUCUAGGCAACUACCUAGGAGCACUCUCGAAUUGGGUCAAGCUCCAGCGGAAUGCAGACCCAGAAGACGAACUUUUCUUCUCAAUCGUCGGAUGGCAUGCCUUAACUCUCCCUCAAGAUCCUCAGGAACUCUCCGCAUCACGCAUGAACAUGCUUGCUACGUUGCUGGCAAUCGGAAUCGACCCCAAGCGCUCGGUAGUAUUUCAUCAAGAUGAUAAUCAAUGUCAUACAGAAUUGGCUUGGAUCUUGAGCUGUGUCACGCCAAUAGGGAAGCUACGGCGGAUGACAACCUGGAAGUCGCGCUUAGCCGAUUCUAGAAACGCUGGAUCCGACUCCGAAGUCGACGAGUCUUUGUUAAACGCGGGACUAUUCACAUAUCCCAUCUUACAAGCAGCCGACAUAAUGGCAUACAGAGCUACUCACAUUCCCGUCGGCGAAGAUCAAACACAACACUUGGAACUCUCACGUGAACUCGCGAACAUCUUCAAUCGGACUUUCGCAGCGAGAAAGCGCUUCUUUCCGAUUCCUACACAAGUCAACACUCCGUCUAGACGAAUACUCUCCCUCAGAGACCCCACAUCCAAGAUGUCCAAGUCCUCACCUGAUGUUCAAUCUCGGAUCCUGCUCACCGAUUCCACAUCAAAAAUCAAAUCCAAGAUUCAAGCAUCUGUGACAGACUCUAUCCUCGGAGUGACGUACGACCCCGUCAAUAGACCAGGGACCUCAAAUCUCUUGACUAUUCUUGCUGCUUGCACCGACGAGAGCCCAGAGGAAGUGGCGUCAAGAUAUGAAGGGAAGAGUCAUAGGGAGUUGAAGGCUGAUACUGCCGACGCCGUCGAGGAGCUACUGAAGGGGCCACGAGAAGACUUUGAGCGGAUACGGAACGAGAAGGGAUACUUAACAGAGAUAGCCAAACAAGGAGCUGACAGGGCUAGGGAACGCUCUAGCGCGACCUUGAAAGAAGUACGAACAAUGGUAGGCCUGUCUUAA